ACCAAUUUUCAAAUUUUGAAUUACUAGGAAUUAGUAAACUAUAAAUUCUCUGUAGACCUAGAUCUUGUAAUCUCAAGUCUCAAGCCUAAUUAAAAUAAGAGUAAAUUAUUUGUAUUAGUCUGUAUAAAAGUCGUUAUGCUCAACUAAAGACAGUGGCUGAAAGUAGCAGUAGUCAGCCUGUUUUUACUGGUCUGGGCAGUGUUCUCGUCAUAAUUAUUUCAUAUUAAGCUAAUUAUUAAAAUAUUCGAGCCUGUGAUCUUUAAAGAAAAUAACAUUUAUUAUAGCCUAUUAUUUUGGCUGUUAAAAUUAGACCAAGGCGCAGAUUAGCCUACCUUUUUGCUUUACAUUUAAUAAAUUCGCCCUAAUCUUAAGUAAACUGCUGUAGGCUUAAAUUACUAUAUUUUAAUUGGCAUAGACUGAAAAAAGUGUUAUACUGUGUGUAUGCCAAUAUAUAAAACAACCUCAGGAUACUUUUUCUGUUAUGAAUGAUGAAAGAAGUAGGCCCAUUUCUGAGGAUGCAAUAUCAUUUCUAAUACAACAUUUUUUAAGUGAUAUUUAUUUGGACAAAUUUUAAAAAUGUUAGGACUUUGUUGGACUCCAAAUGCUGUGCAAGGCAUGCAGAAAAUGGCUAGUACUAUGCCAUCGAAUCCAGAGCAGCUUCUUGGUGCAAUACUUGUGAGAAAAGAUAUCUUUCAUCGCUUUGAAACUACAAUGCAUGAUACAUGUUUAGAUGCAAAUAAUCUACUUGAAUAUCUUUUUUCACUGUACAACAGCACGGCUGCACCUGCAGAAAGAGAAAAUUUCCCAUCUACACAGAAUAUAGGAUUUAUGCGCAGGGAUACCAAUCACAAUAGGAAAUCUUCAGGGAGAGGCCAUCACAUAUUCAAUCAACAAGGAAACAUUGUUAAUAACCAACAUUUGCAACCAGGCAUACAAGCAAGACUUGGUGAAUCACCUAGAGGUCUACAGAGUAUGCCUGAUGGAUUCAGAAAAAAGCCUAAGAUGGAACAGCACAAUUUCCAGGCAAAUUUAGCAUACAAUACACAGCAUCAGGAAUAUAAUCAGAAUACUGCUAUACGACCACAUGACACGCCAGUUUUCCCUGGUUCUGGUAAUAAAAAUAUCAACGCAGGAGUAAAAAUGGAGUUAUCUACUGAUGGAGAUCCGCGGCACACUCAGUCGUCAUCCCCUCUACCGCCUUUUAGUCAGAUUCGUCGUCAGGGUAGCAGACCAUACAGCCCUGGUUCUGCUCCUUUCCCUGACAACUUGGCAACUCCACCGCAUGAUGAUGGGCGGCAUAACGUGCCACAUGAUUCCAGUGGGGAUAUCAAAUCAGAAAUAGAGGGUGCAUUGCACAGAACAAAUGAAGUGCCCCAACCAGCUAAAGUGGCUCAUAGUCAGAUAAAACAUGCCAAGAAACAUAAAGCCUCUCUUCUACAAGAUAACAACAACAGUGGAGAGCGUGCAGGCAGGAAGAAACGAUCUCACCAGUGUUUUUGUGGAGCUUUGUUUACAAGAGCUGACAACUUAAAAAGACACAUCAGAAAAUGCCAUGAGGAAAAGCUUGAAAAAUUAAACAAUGCUCCCAUAGAUUUUGAGGUAGACACCGGUGGUCCCCCUUUGACUGAAUUCCCAACUGUGUUCCCGGGGGCAGGGCAAGAAGCUGUGAACUCAUCACAGCAGCAGGCAGAGAACCAUGAUCAGCAACAGCAGCAGCAACAACAGCAACAAGAACAACAACACCCACCCCAGCAGGCUGAAGAGACGUUGAAGCCUGGAAUGAAAUGGUUAUGUUUUUGUGGGGAAAGUUUUGAAGACCAUCGACAGUUAGUUGAACACACCAGAACACAUGAUAACACAUAAAGUUGUAGGAUUAUGUUUUCAGAUCUAUCACUUUUUAAAAAUCAUUAACGGUAAAUAGACUGUAGCAGCUAACUACGA